UCGCUCGCAUAUAGAUUACUUUGUAAUGCCUGCAUUUUAAUACCAUCUUAGAUUUCGUUAACUAAAGUGCACAGAUCACUUACUGCUUGUGGAAAGUUUUGAGGGGUAAAUGAGGUUUGAAAAGAACGAUACUCAUUUUAACUCGUUGGGUGGAAUCAGAGGGAGGAAAAGGACUCUUGUUUGAUAGUUCUUAGGAGGAGUGCAUAUUAAACCCCCAUGGAUAGACAUAUAUUUCUCUGUGUAUUUGUAUGUCUAUGGACUGUUCAAAUCACUGGCCUUUACGGUGAAUUCAUCGAAGAGAUAUCCACAGGGCAUGAUUUUGGUUUAAAAGACGUCCCUCGCGCAAAAAGACCUUUGUCAGAUUAUUCUUGCUCAGUAAAACACGUGAAAGCUGGCUGCUUUAAUGAUAAGAGAAACCCAUCAUCGAGGGCAAUGAAUGAACUGUUGUUUCAAGAUCGAUACAAAGGAAAAGGGUUCAGCGGUCAGAGAAUAGAUUGGGAAAGUUAUGACUCGUACCUUCCUGAUCUCGUUUGUCGAUGUGCCACGGCUGCAGCCAAUAAAGGUUAUUCUUUCUUUGGGAUUCAGUUCUACGGAGAGUGCUGGAGUGCUGCAGACGCAGCACAGCGGUUCAACAUUUACAGUAAAAGCGACAAAUGUGUUGAUACAGAGUACAAGGUCGGAUGUGACACCAUUAGAAACAAGCCGUGUGCUGGAGUGGCUCAUGUGAACUUUGUUUAUCAAAUAGUUCCAGGAGAUAAUCCAGAUGGGAGUGGUGUGGGGCCACCAAUAAACCCAGAGGAGUACUGACGCUUAAAUGUUCGCCGAGACUGAAGAAAAUGCCAUGUUCAGAAACAUUAAGAUCGUUCUCCUUCAUUGAUCUGUGUUUGGGAGACAGAGAAACAGCAAGUCAUCAUACAAAUUAGCAAAAGUUAUAUCAAGUGGCAUAUGAAUCUUCAGUCAGGACUUUUUUAAAAGUAUUUUCCUAGUGCACUGUAUGUUUCUUGAAAUAAAUAGCACCAUGUUAUCAG